AGCAGAUGUUUGGUGGAGCUGCUCCUGAUCCUCCUGUCUUGUGUUUUCCAGGUACAUGGGCAUUGGCCUGUCAGCUCAGGGCGUCAACAUGAACAGGCUGCCAGGUUGGGACAAGCAUUCGUACGGUUACCACGGAGACGACGGACACUCUUUUUGCUCCUCUGGGACCGGCCAACCGUACGGCCCGACCUUCACGACCGGCGACGUGAUCGGCUGCUGCGUCAAUCUCAUCAACAACACCUGUUUUUACACGAAGAACGGACACAGUCUAGGUAUCGCCUUCACAGACCUCCCACCAAACCUGUACCCCACAGUGGGCCUCCAGACCCCGGGCGAGGUGGUGGAUGCAAACUUUGGCCAGCACCCGUUUGUGUUUGACAUCGAGGACUACAUGAGGGAGUGGAGGACCAAGAUCCAAGCACAGAUUGAACGCUUCCCCAUCGGAGAGCGGGAGGGGGAGUGGCAGUCCAUGAUCCAGAAGAUGGUGGCGUCAUAUCUGGUGCACCACAGCUACUGCGCGACUGCCGAAGCCUUCGCCAAAUCCACCGAUCAGGCUGUGCACGAAGAGCUGGCCUCCAUCAAAAACAGACAGAAAAUCCAGAAGCUGGUGUUGUCAGGGCGAAUGGGUGAGGCCAUAGAGACCACCCAACAACUGUACCCCAGCCUUCUGGAGAGGAACCCCGAUCUGCUAUUCAUGCUCAAAGUGCGUCAGUUCAUCGAGAUGGUGAACGGCACAGACAGUGAGGUGCGCUGUCUGGGAGGUCGCAGCCCCAAGUCUCAGGACAGUUACCCAGGCUCACCCCGGAACUUCAGCGGCUCUCAGCCGUACCUGACAGGGUUUGACAGUAACUGCUGUAAUGGAGUGACAUCGAAGGCGCACAGCUCUCCUCACAGUCAUAAGCCCUGCCCGGGCCCCGGCCCCGGCUCGGCCCCUGGUCCUGCUCUGGAUGUCAGUCUGAACGGCAGCCGCACGCAGACCUUCUCCAGUAAUGACGUGGACAUGGAGGUGGACCACUUCACCAAUGGAGUGUCUGAACCGACCAACGGCUUUCUGAACGGCAGCUCCAAACACGCCGUGGAGCCCGAGGACUGUGACGCAGACAUGGAGGUGGAGUCUGUGCAGUCCAAGAGGCAGUUGUGUGGAGGCAGCCAGGCCGCCAUCGAGCGCAUGAUCCACUUCGGACGAGAGCUGCAGAGCAUGAGUGAACAUCUGCGACGCCAGUGCGGCAAAAACUCCACCAACAAGAAGAUGCUCAAGGACGCCUUCAGCCUGCUGGCCUACUCGGACCCCUGGAGCAGCCCUGUGGGAUACCAGCUGGACGCCAUUCAGAGAGAGCCCGUCUGCUCCACGCUCAACAGUGCAAUAUUAGAGACUCACAACCUCCCGAAGCAGCCUCCCCUGGCUCUGGCCAUGGGACAGGCCGCCCAGUGUCUGUCUGUGAUGGCUCGGACCGGCACAGGCUCCUGCGCCUUCGCCUCUGUGGACCAUUACUUGCACUAGCCCUUUACCCCCGCCCCACACAACCUGCCCCUCUGAGCGCCCGCCCACCCGCCCGCUGGACCCUCCGCCGGCCCGUCCGCCUGUGGGCCCCGAGGGAGACGUGCUUACAGCUGUAGGAUGAAAUUUACCUGUUUUUACGACACUGGAGUUUACUGUUCUCUUAAUGAACCGUGGGAGGUGAUGUUUAGGUUUAGGUGAGGUUAUGAUCUUCUAAUAGGCCAGUAAUUCAAAACUGAGGAGUGUGUGUGUGUGUGGGGGGGGGUUUCUAUAAUAAAAUCUGCAGUUAAAAGCUUACGAUUUGUAAAUACAUUAGAUUUUGUUUCCAGUAGAUGGCAGAUGUGAAACCUAUCCCCCCCCCUCCCCUCACCGGGCCUUUAUACUUGUGGUUUUCAGAUCUGAUGAUUUGAGCUCACAUCACUUGAAAAAAUGUGUUUAAAGCCACAGAGUUAUACCGGCCACUCCCCUCCAUGUGAAACCCAAUUCUAUUACCGUGUUUUUCGGACUAUAAGUCGCACCAGCCAAAAAAUGCAUAAUGAAGAAGAAAGAAACAUAUAAGUCGCACUUUUUGGGGGAAAUUUAAUCUAUAAAAUCAGACACCGGGACCAAGAGAGACCAAGUUCUAGUGAAAACAAUAGAAGAGAGAUCAACAGACUGUUAACGUCACAUAUGAACAGUUCUUCAGAUAAACUAUAACAUAAACAACAGAACAGAACAAGUUUACCAAACUCUCCAUCUCACUCCAAAUCACUAAAUCCAUUCAAUUCUUCAUCCUCGGUGUCACUUCUGAACAACUCCUCGACCUCCGGAGGUAAACAGAGCGCUGCUUCCUCUUCUGUGUCGCUGUCGUCAGACUCUGCAUCAUUUCCAGUUCCAGAAUUUGAGUUCUCGAAUUAUUCUGGUCUUUCUGAAUCCCGACAGGAUGGUUUCGGUGUCACUGAAGUCCAGGCUUUGUCCAUCCAUCCAGUGACUUCAGGAAAGUUACCGUAUUUUCCGGGCUAUUAGGUGCUCUGGAUUAUAAGGCGCACUGUCAUUAAAUGGUCUAUUUUCAAACUUUUUUCGCAAAUAAACCGCGUGAGACUUUAAAGGAAACGCAACAGUGUGAUGGGUGAGUGGUUUUGUUUGUUUGUGGCGUUCACGGUGACUCUGGGCUUUGUUCAGUUGUGGCGUGUAGGGAGGUGCUGUCUGGGACCAACGGAUUGUCGGCGUGUUCGCAGUGACUCAGUUGUUCAGUUGUGACUAGAAGUGGCACAUUGCACUCGCUUUUUCGGUUCGUUCCUCCGUUCCGUUGCUCGUCGGCGUAAAGUGAUGAGUGUGUCUGUGGGUGUUUGUUGCUGUGCGGUCGCUGUCUGCUCCGUGUGUGUUUGCGGCUUUUUAGUUUACUGAAGUUGUGCUGGGACACCCGAGUGGAUUCGUGUAUAGGGCACUCUGAAUUGCGAGGCGCCUGUUCGUUUUUUGAUGCGGUUGGAGGCUUAAGAGCCCGUCUAAUAGCCCGGAAAAUACGGUACACGGUGCGCCCUCCUGGUUCCCAUGAAGCCGCGUUCGCCAUCCCCACUUUUCUCCAGUCCCUCACAAGUUUCUGCCUCACUCCAAACUUUCUUUCUCCUGCUCGAUUACCGUUUUCGGCUGUAGAUUUCAUGACGGAGGCUUUUUCUGCAGUAGACGUGCAGUAAAGAGCGAAGUGACAGUGGUACAGGAGGAACAGGAGCAGCAGAUACUCACACACAAGACUAGAGCGCCCUCUUGGUCUCUCUAAGUCACAGGAAACACCCAAACCAUGAAAAAAAGUGCGACUUAUAGUCCAAAAAAUACGGUACAUGACUAGACUUCCCAGUUCUUAUCCAGUUUUAAAAUGUGAAGACUCGUAAGCAGCCGUCUCCUCUCCAGCCGCGGUCCACAGGCAGGACGGGGCUCUUCUACAGGCAGACUCCCCCCCGGUUCAUACGUCAGAGCUGACUGUCCACCACCGGCUCGAUAGCCCCUCCCCUCCCUCCCCGCCGCCUCCACCCGACCAUCUCCGGAGGCUGAGCGCUCGGGGCAGGCACGGUCCUUCAUCGCUCCGCUCUGUUCCUUUUCUUUGACUUGAUGGGAAACCGGCCUCGUAGCGUUAAACCAAGAGCCGAAACAGGACUCCAGGCGCAGGCCCCGCCCACUCUCUGUUCAGGGGGAAGAGACUAGAGGACACUGUAUGUGAUGAGAAAUACUCCCCUUUAACCCAACGCGUAGUGGUUAGUGGCUUUUGUUUGAUUUAAUGUAUGUAUAAUUCUACAAAAGAUUAUAUUCCCGUGACAAACGAUGUAACAAAUGUGACCCUAAAAGGAGUAACACGGCGUUCAGGGCGUCUCGGAAUCGGCGAAAUCAGAUUUUUCGCUUAAAGUAUCGGACCCCAAGCUACUGAGUCGACGGAAUCUCUUUGUUACCAGACACAAAGUGAGUGUCGUUAAAAAAAAAAAAAAAAAAAGACGUUUUUUUAAACUAUAUAUUUUACACUUUUAUGCAAAAUGUAGCCUUGUUAUCGCUAGUUGGGCAAACAUCCGAGUCAAUUCUCCUCUUCACACCACGAAGGCUAAACCGGAAAAUUUAUUCCUAUGCAACAACUUAGAGAUUCAGACUUCAGUGCGCGUUUGUAUUGGAGUCCCGCGUACGUGUCCUGAGCAGAUACGGGGGGAAUUUCCGGAGACUCCGAGACGUCCUGUAACGCCACGACGUGCUAACAAAUCCCAUCGGAAGUUAUCAACCCAACAAAAAACAAAAAAACGAAAUAGGAGGUUUGGGUUGAAGGUCCUAUAUUACACAAAAUGGAUUCCCGUGAGCUUUAAGCCUUUAAAAUGUCGUCACCUUCUCGAAAACAGACCUGGAGUUGUGUUUUUUUUUUUUCAUUCACGCAUUUGAAUCCUUUAUUAUUAGUCUGCUUUCCCAAAGCUUAAAAUGCUAAAUUCCACCUUGUGAUAUCAUCAAGUGCUGGUUUUGAAGUUUACAGUCACUGUUUUGCAUCACUGUUUUACCGUUUUGUUCAGUCUAGAGUAACCAGACGUCGAUAUUUACCCGGGACAGUCCCAGUUUUGAGGCCGGUGUCCCUUGUCCCAGCAGAUUCAUCCAAAAAACAGUGAUUUGUCCCAAGUUUUACACAAAAAUGUCUGUAUUUUUGACCAAUUUGAUCCCUGCGAACAGUAAAAAGAGGCAAACGUUGUCAUUUGUUUAAGGCUUGAAGCAGCUUUUUUGUAUUUUACCUAAAGACAGUUUGACAUUUUGGAAAUAGAACAUCAUUUCCUAGUGAACCAGAGUGUUGGAGACGUGUGGAGACACUUUAAAAAAAAAAAAAAAAUCCUAAAAAGUCCUAAAUGUCGUAGUUUUUUAUUUUGAAAACCUAGUCACCGUAGUUCAGCCACAUUUUUAACCUUUUGUUCAUUCGAUAUUGUCAAUUUUUGGGCGGGAAAUCAUCCAAAUAAUUCUCGUGAAGGUGUGUGGAGUUUAAAAACACGGUGGGGAACGUCCGGGAUGGCGCGUUUUCCGUUUUGGGAUCAGAACUCAGCCUAAAUAAGCAGGAUUUGCGCGUUUAAACGUGUGAAUGGAGCAAAAAAACACAACUCCGGGUUUGUUUUUGACGAGGAAACGCGAACUAAAUCAGAAAAUAAGAGUAAUCUGGGCUCUUUAAAGUACUGGGCUUACUCGGAAUAACUCGUUUAAGAGGGGGAUGUAUUGAAUAGUGUGUUAACAGAGGAGCAUGGGGCUACGUGCUCCCCCUCCCCCAACCCGUCCCCGCCCACCCUCUCUUCCCCACGUGUGACGCGGUGUGUGUGGACUGGGACAGACUCUUCUAAGCUGUUUUUACUGUUGCGUUGAAUUGGUUUGACAAUUCUUUCCUCUAUUUUUUUUUUUUUUUUUUUUCGGUUUUGAUGGUUGUGGGGCGUGUCACGUGGCUCUUCUUUUCCGGAUUAACAAGAACGGUGCAGACAAAUAUCUUAUUCUAAUGAUCAAUAUGUUAAUUAUUGUUACUUGCAUUUACAGUAUAUUUGUUGAACGCCAGCAAAAGCAGAAUCCACAACUUAUUCUAAUAAUAAAGGUCCCAAUUCCAUGAGA